CGCAGUCAUUGGGAUUUGGUCGUAGCCAUGCUAGCUUCAUGCUGCUAAAUAAUUUUCGCCAUAUAUUUUUUUAGGAAUAUCUUCACAAACUCUUUUCUUUUUUCCCCUUAUGGUUUCUUAUAAUUUUCCAAAGUUUCUCCGCGCAAGUUACUAAACUGAAGAUGACAGCUAAAAUCAAAGUUGGGAAGGUUGGCUCCAAGAGCAAAGAAGACGCUCCGUAUGAGUUGGAGAGUCAGUUUGUUCUGAGGCUUCCUUCGGAGUAUGCAUCAACUGUCAGAAGGAUUGCACAGUCGAGCAGCAUGAACAUGAAAGACAGACUCACCAUCGAGUUGCACCCUGACGGUCGUCAUGGAAUAGUCCGAGUCGAUCGGGUUCCUCUGGCCUGCAAACUGGUGGAUCUGCCUUGCAUGAUUGAAUCUCUCAAGACUGUCGACAAGAAGACGUUUUAUAAGACUGCAGACAUCUGCCAGAUGCUGGUUUGCACACUAGAUGGAGACCUCUACCCUCCUUUGGAGGAGCCAACUGGUACCGAUCCUAAGAGCAAGAAGAAAGACAAGGACAAGGAUAAAAAAUUCAUCUGGAAUCACGGCAUCACCUGUCCUCUGAAGAACACACGCAAGAGAAGAUUUCGCAAAACUGCCAAAAAGAAGUACAUUGAAUCUCCUGACGUGGAGAAGGAAGUGAAGAGACUGCUGAGCACGGAUGCAGAGGCCGUCAGCGUCCGGUGGGAGGUCAUAGCAGAGGAUGAGUCCAAAGAAGCUGACCAGAACAGCAGUCUGGCCAACCUGGACUCUUCACCUGGAACCUCAGGACACAAGAUGGGUCACGGCUCAUCUGUCCCGCACGAUGAACUGAGGGAGAUCUUCAAUGACAUCAGCAGCUCCAGCGAGGACGAAGAGGACGAAGGGGACCGGCACGACGACGAGGACCUGAACAUCAUGGACACCGAGGACGACCUGGUGCAGCAGCUGCAGGACAAACUGGACGAGUCUGACUCUGCUCAAAACGAGAAUGACAGAAACAACCAAAUCGUCAUGGAGUACCAGGUGCAGAUUAACAGCAUUAAGGCCAAGCUUCAGGAAACCCGCGCCCGGAAGAAACAGCAGGAGGAGCUCAUCAUGAAAGUGGAGAACCAGGCCCUCAAAAACCGUUUUCAAGCCUUGUUGGACGAGAUCAUCCAGCAGGAGGAGCGGGAGAUGGAGCAGUUGGCCUCCCUGCAAGAGCAGCUGGACUCGCUUAUUGAGAAAUGACCAGCAGGGGGCAGUCUGGUGGCGUCCUGAACCCAACAUCUCCAAAACGGGAAUAACCUUCCAGUCCAGCUUUCAUCAAUCACUUGCUGUGUCAUUCUGCCUAGUUUUCUAUAUCACAUCUGUAGAAUACUGAUCUCACCUUUUAUUUCAUUUAAAAAUGGAUUGCAAAAUGUUGCAUAAGUGAAUGAAGUCGGCCUUGAAGUGAAUAUAGUCUCUUUCAUUUGUCCUUUUAUAUCUAAAGCUAAAUGUCGGCCAACUGUUACUUUACUAAACCAUCUGUGUUUGAUUAUAUGAAUAAAUUUGGGAACAAGUACACGAAA